AAUGCGCAGCGUCUAAAGCGUCUUUCUUGUCUCGUCGCUCAACCGAGUGACGUCAUCUGUGAAAUAUUCGUGUAAGUACGCGCGAUUGUUAGUUCCCACGAGAAAUUCUGUGUAUAAUUACGUUACGAAAAACGGAUAGUCAGUGAAAAUUAGAAAAAAGCAUUCCGUUUUCUCGAUCUCGUCCGAUCACGCGAGAACAGGAAACGUGAUCAACACGUGGAGGUUACCAAACAGUCCUUCGAGAAGGAUUGCAGCGCGGACACGACGAGUUUGGCAAUUAAUCGACGACGAAGGUCUGUACACGCACGGGACGACCCUGGCGAGAAGGCCGAGUGCCACAGUGAAACGUCCACCACGCCCUUGACGCCACGAGACACAGGGUCUACGGCCGGAAGGAGAGCACGUAGCCGAGCGCCGCCGCCAUUCCUGCCCAGCGUUAUUAAUCACGAUGUCUUUAACGAAUUUGUUACCUGCUCCUACUCAAGUAGUAUGGGACAAAGACGAUGAAGCACGUGAACAGAAACUCCGUCAAAGACCAGUUUCGGCACUUGUGAAAGCUGUUGUUACAGCUCCACCUUAUGGACAGCGAAGAGGAUGGGUUCCACGCAAUCCAGAAGACUUUGGAGAUGGAGGAGCAUUCCCAGAAAUUCAUGUGGCACAAUAUCCACUUGGAAUGGGUAUUAAAGGCAAAGAAAUCACAAGCAAUGCUUUGGCAGUACAACUCGAUGGUCAGGGAAAAGUAAAAUAUGAUCUUAUAGCGAAACAGGGCCAUAGUAAAGACAAAAUAGUGUACAGCAAACUGACCGAUUUAUUGCCAUCCGAAAUAACAAAUGAGGAAGAUCCUACUUUGCAACGACCACCCGAUGACGAACUUGCUGAACUUACGGAUCGAACGAGAAAGGCAUUGGAGAAAAUAACAAGAUCGAAAAUCGCGGCUGCUAUGCCAGUCAGAUGCGCGGAGAAACAAGCUCCGGCUCAAUAUAUACGUUACACGCCUCAGCAAGGACAAUCGUUCAAUUCCGGGGCGAAGCAGAGAGUUAUUCGCAUGGUGGAGGCACAGGUGGAUCCGAUGGAGCCGCCGAAAUUCAAGAUUAACAAAAAGAUUCCCAGAGGACCUCCAUCACCUCCAGCACCGGUGAUGCAUUCGCCAACCAGGAAAGUCACGGUGAAGGAGCAAAAGGAGUGGAAAAUCCCUCCUUGCAUCUCCAACUGGAAGAAUGCAAAGGGUUACACCAUUCCGUUGGACAAACGUCUUGCCGCGGACGGUAGAGGUUUGCAGCAGGUGCAUAUCAACGAAAAUUUUGCCAAGUUGGCUGAAGCAUUAUAUAUCGCUGAUAGAAAAGCCAGACAAGCUGUUGAAAUGCGUGCACAGUUGGAGAAAAAGUUGGCUCAAAAGGAAAAGGAGAAGAAAGAGGAUCAUUUGAGGCAGCUCGCCCAAAAGGCCCGAGAGGAGCGCGCCGGAUUGAAAUCUAGCGCGACAUUAGAUAAGACUGAAGAAAUUCGCGAACGGGACCAACUUAGACAGGAACGGCAUAAAAAUCGUGCUCGCGAACGUAAUUUAGCUCGUGCUGCUCCCGACAAACGUUCUCGUUUGCAACGCGAACGUGAGCGUGACAUUAGCGAGCAGAUAGCACUCGGCUUACCUGCGAAGAGUAUACCCAAUACGGGAGAGGCGCAGUUCGACCAGCGUCUCUUUAAUAGCAGUAAAGGCUUGGAUAGCGGCUAUGGGCAGGAGGACGAAUAUAAUGUGUACGAUAAACCAUGGAAGGAUGGAAAUUCAAUUGCUUCACAUAUUUACCGUCCUGGUAAAAAUAUUGACAAAGAUUCGUACGGGGACGAUUUAGAAAAAUUGAUCAAAACAAAUAGAUUCGUUCCCGAUAAACAAUUUGGUGGCACUGACAGAUCGGCCACCCGAUCAGGACCGGUACAGUUUGAGAAGGAGGAAGAAGAUCCCUUCGGUUUAGAUCAGUUCUUGAAGCAGGCCAAGCGCGCCAGUAGUAGCUCAACAACGACGAAGCGCAAAGAUGAGCGCGAACUACGUAGGGAUGAGCGUGAAAGUAAACGAAGAAAGCAUUAAAAUUCUUUCGUUUUUAAUUAGAUUUUAUUUUUUAUUUUUUUUUUUAUUAUUGUCUUUUGAAUCUUUCAAAUGUCUUGUGCAGCUGGCGCACGAAAAGUCGCCCUUUACGUACAUGAUGGGAUUUUAGAAAGGGCUUCCUUUCC